GCCAUGGCGGCGGUAUCUCUCGCAGCCCCAGUUUUAGGUAUUUGAUUGGACACGUCCCCUCACUGUUCAUCAGAGACAAAUGCAACCCAGCAGAAUCAAACAGCCAAUGAUUCAACUGAAGCCCCUGAAGCUCAAGAUAUGAACUCUGAAACUAAAACUCAAGAUCAGAAUGACGUGAGCUUACCAGAGGAUGCCAGUAACAGCCAGCAAGAAAUCAGCGAGGUAAAGAAGGAGGAGGAAGCAGUGGAACCAGAUGUAGAUGAUAGCUCACUAGAGGAGGACAACAAAGAAGACACUGAUAGAGUUGAUAGCUCACCAGAGGACAACAAAGACACAGAUGGAGAUGAUAGCUCACUAGAGGAGAACAAAGAAGACACUGAGGGAAAUGAUAGCUCACUAGAGGACAAAAAAGACACCAAUGGAGAUGAUAGCUCACCAGAGGACAACAAAGACACCAAUGGAGAUGAUAGCUCACUAGAGGACAACAAAGACACCAAUGGAGAUGAUAGCUCACUAGAGGACAACAAAGACACCAAUGGAGAUGAUAGCUCACCAGAGGACAACAAAGACACCAAUGGAGAUGAUAGCUCACCAGAGGACAAUAAAGACACCAAUGGAGAUGAUAGCUCACCAGAGGACAACAAAGACACCAAUGGAGAUGAUAGCUCACCAGAGGACAACAAAGACACCAAUGGAGAUGAUAGCUCACCAGAGGACAACAAAGAAGACACAGAUGGAGAUGAUAGCUCACUAGAGGAGAACAAAGAAGACACUGAGGGAAAUGAUAGCUCACCAGAGGACAACAAAGACACAGAUGGAGAUGAUAGCUCACCAAAGGACAACAAAGAAGACACAGAUGGAGAUGAUAGCUCACCAGAGGAGAACAAAGACACAGAUGGACAUGAUAGCUCACCAGAGGAAGACAAAGAAGACACUGAGGGAAAUGAUAGCUCACCAGAGGACAACAAAGAAGACACUGAUGGAGAUGAUAGCUCACCAGAGAAGAAUGUAGAAGACACAGAUGGAGACGAUAGCUCACCAGAGGACAACAAAGAAGACACAGAUGGAGACAAUAGCUCACCAGAGAAGAAUGUAGAAGACACUGAUGGAGAUGAUAACUCACCAGAGGACAACAGAACAACAGAUGGUGUUCCGGAAGACAGCUCAGAGACUCACGACAAUCCAACCAGCGAGCCCAGAAGUACGGACAUCUCUGAUGUUGAGGAAGUGACGAACGAUUCUGUCAACGCAGAAGAACCUGAUCAGCCGAUUCCAGAAACAGCCACUGACGGGUCAUCUAAUAACCAACCUGACAACCACAUCGUCGCAACGGCAGCUCAGAGACUCUGAAGGUGGAAGCUCCCCAGCUGCAGGGCCAAAACCACAGAGGAGUCAAUUGCUACAAGAGAAACUACAACAUUCUAAAUUGCAAUUAAACUUCCUGUUUAUUUUCGGUCUUCAGCUCGUUCCUGAUUGGUUGUUCCCAUUUUACUUCAAACUCUGGCUGUGGUCUCUGUGUGCUUGUCCUCUAAUCAGUCAAUCUUUCUGCCUAUCUAUCUGCCUGCCUGUCUGCCUUCAGUCUGACGCAGAAACAUGUGAGAUCUGCUCUUUGGGUCUGUGUUCACACAGAAGAACUGCUAAUAAAGUUUGUACUGUCAAAAUC